AUGACCCGUAGUCGAAAUGUCCGCCUUUACCGCGCGUGCCAACGGUGUCGCCAGCGGAAGCUCAAGUGUGAUCCAACGACGUCGCCGGACGGGGCAAGGUCCUCGUGCCGGCAGUGCUGUCGAGCUGGCAAUGAAUGCAUUCUCGCUGGAUCCCGUCGGGGAGGCGAUUUCUCAAUGUUUCGACGGCCGCGACAUGGCAGCUCUACGCCAGUUGGCAGCGUCGACACAACACACGCGCCGACAGCGCAGGCUGGGUAUCACGAGAAAGCAGCAGAGAAUCCCAUCUAUGCCGAGUUGACGAACCCCGGUGAUGCGCUUCAAAUCCUUGCUCGACUGGCAGCAAACGACCAUCGUCAGAAUCCGAAUGCUCCGGCCUUCGCGGACAGGGUCUCCGCCGCAAGGCGAGAAUAUUCAGAAACUUCACUGCCGGCUAACGGUAUGACGGAUCUCAUGCAGCCGCCUGUCCCUCAAUCAACUGUAUCUGCGAUGGAAUUGCUGGUCAUCAGUGUGUUGGGUACGGAUCUGGUGGAUCAGCUGCUGCAUCGCUACGCGAUGAACUACCACACCUUCUGUCCUCUUGUCCCCAAACGUCUCCUCAGUGCCACCGAUAUGCGGAGGUUAGCCGUUGAUGAGCCGUUCCUCCUGGUAGUGGUUCUGACGAUCGCAUCAAAAGAUGAGGCUGUAUACCUGGACACCCAUCGACAUUGCUGUCAGUACCUGAAGCAGCAUUUACUGGAUAUUCUAAUAGCUGCCCCAUCUACAUUGAACGUCGGCUCGGUCGAGGGCCUCCUAUUGCUUGCCGAGUGGGUUCCUCACUUACAGAUGGACACCUCAUCGUGCUAUCCCGAGCCAUUCCAGAGGAACGUAAGUGCGGUCGAAGAUAACAUGGCCUGGUCACUGAUCGGCCAAGCCGUGAGACACUCUUAUCUCCUCCGUCUGGACAAGGCUUCAUUUCGGGAGGCAUCAACUGGAGAGCCGCAGGAACUGGAGAAUCGAAAGCGCCUGGCUUGGAUAUUUGUAUAUAUUGCCGAUCGCCAGAUCUCGGUCCGGAUGGGACAGUCCUUCUGGUCCAGAGGGCCCUCCCUCUCGACUCACUUUACGGCCAAGGACUUUCCGAGUCUGUGCCUGAGUGCAGACGCGGAACAUAACUACGCAUCGGUCCUGCAGGCCAGCAUAGAGCUCACUCAGCUUCUUCAUAAUGUGCAUGAUAUCCUGUACUCGUCUAAAGAGCGACAACUGCAGAUGGUCCGGCGAGGGGACUACAACCGCUAUCUAGAUGACUUUCGAUGCUCCCUGUCGGCAUGGCAAGGCCGGUGGGGUGAUCUAAAAGCGUCUCCCAAACUGAGUUCCACAUUGUGCAUUGUGAAGGAAUACAUUCGCUUGUAUGUCAAUGCCUUUGCCUUUCAGUCGAUUCUUUCAAGGGCAGUCCGCGAGAACCACACUAUCUCCGGUGGGACUAUGUCAGAAGCAGCAACCACCACACUGGACCCGAAGCGUCCUCUCUCUGUGUUUCCACAAGGCAUUACCUCGACUCCAGAGGGCGCAUACGUCCUUGAAGCGUUGGAUGCGUCCCGGGAGAUUCUAAUUGUCACUAGCCAAGCCAAUCCUGAAUCGCAUCUUCGUUACAUGCCGUUCCGCUUCUAUGUAUAUACUGUAUACUCCGCUGUGUUCCUAUACAAAGCGCAGGUAUUUGGGGCUCUAGGACACGCCGAAAAGAUCGAGGUAGCUUCGAUCGUGGAGGAAUAUAUCCGGGUCCUUGAACGGGCCGCGACCAACGAUUAUCACGUCGCUAGCCGGCUCGCAAGCCUGCUUAAACGGAUGUGGAUGUCUGAUACCGGCAAGAAAUAUUCGUCGCCGAUGAGAAUGGCAUCUCCCGCGGUAGACCAUUCGGGUAUGAAUAUCUUACCAGGCCACUGCGAAGCUCUCCAGAACAUCAACAUGUUCGAUCGCCAAAGUCAUCCAGAUGCUGACUUUGGAACGGGAGUUCCAGGCACUGCAAACAUGGCAACCCCGGAAUUCAAUUUAUUUUGUCCAGAGUUCUCGAGUUUAGAGUCCGAGCUGGUUGGGCUUGGUAUGGGUGCUGUAGACUUUCCAAUAUAA